CCCUCCACCCAUCAACCCUUUUCUCCGUCUCGAACCCCAGCGGCGGCGCAAGCGGCUCGAGGGAGGCAGCUCCGAGACGGCGGGGGGUCAGAUCCACCGCGCGGCCGGAGAGAGAGGUUAGCGCGGGGAGGCAACUCCGAGACGGCGGGAGGUCAGAUCCACCGCAAGAGAGGGUGUCGUCCAGGCGACAGGUUGGAAAGAUGUCUAAACGAAGGGGUGGUUGGUCAAAGUCAAAUAAAAAGAAGAAAGCUUGCAGAAAUAGUGGAAAUAAAGCCAUAACAAGUGUGUUGUAUGAUGCUUUUGAAGAGGAAUCUGGUAGCCUAAUUGAUUAUAGUAAAGGUGCCUGGAGCGGACUCAGUCAAGAAACCAUUUCAAACUUAUCUGAAACUGUUGUCUUACUGGCUUCAUUCAAUGGAGAUCGGAUGCAUUUUGCAGGCACAGGCAUAGUUGUCAGAAUCAAGACUGACUUAGUUGUAAAGAUUCUGACUUCAGCAGAUCUGAUUAGACGUUCUGACCGUGACAAAGAGAUCGAUCCAUAUAUGACGAUUCAAGUGCUGCUUCCAAAUAAGAAACUUGCCCGUGGGUGGUUGUUUCACUCUAACUUGGAUUACAAUAUUGUUGUUGUGGUGAUCAAAUAUUUCCCUGGUUUCCGAGCUGCAUGUUUUGACCAUGAAGUGUGGUUUGGGUCUGGCAGUAAAGUAGUAGCUGUAGGCCGUUGCUUCAACUCAGACAAAUUAAUGGCGUUAUCUGGGGUAGUGACCGAUGAGCCAACAGAUUGUCCCGAACACCUUAUGAUCUCCACCUGUUCAAUCACAGAGGCUAUGGCUGGAGGGCCGCUUAUCGAUUUGCAUGGGAACGUUGUUGGCAUGAACUUUUUUGUGAAGGAGAGUAGGACUCCAUUCCUACCAAGGAACAAAAUUUACCAACGCUUGGUGCGAUCUUGCAUACUCUGGGUUGAAAUCAACAAUGGAGGUGAUAACACAUCUAAAAGAAGCACAUGUGAGAUAGUAUACAAUAAUUUUAUUGGUAGCUCAAUUGGAGAGGCAGAAGAAAAGAACCAGGAGCUUUCCACAUCCUCUACAAGUGAUUCAGAAGGUAGUUCAGAUGAGGAGGGGGAAAGUGAGACUCAGAAGCUUCCCAUAUCCUAUCCAAGUGAUUCAGAAGAAUGGGAGGAACUCUUGUUUCCUGAACUUAUUAAGCCCUUGCCAGAUGAUGAAUUCACGCAACUAUUGAGGAAGGAUCUAAAGCCUCGUAAUUAUCCCAUGCCAGUCAAGUUUGGGGGGUCUAUGCAAUUGAAAAAUACUUUUGAAGAAGAAUUUGCUGAAGAUACAUGGUGCAAACUGAGUAAAAAGGUUGCUUUAAAUACAUCCCGAAGUGUUGUCUCACUUGCUUCUUUUAAAGGAGAAGAAAGGUUUUUUGUUUGCACAGGUAUAUUUAUAGACUUCAAUGGAUCCACAUCAAGAGUUUUGACUUCAGCAAGUUUGGUUAGAAUUUCUGCUGAUGAAAACAAGAUUGCUGAUAACUUGAAGCAGAUUCAAGUGUACCUUCCAAACAAACGACUUGCUGAAGGGAAAUUGCAGCAUUACAAUUUGAAUUAUAAUAUGGCUGUGGUCAGCAUCAAUGGUUUCCGCUGCCUUCGGACAGCAGAACUCCACAAUCAGAUGCAAAUCAAACCUACUAGGGAGGUAGUAGCUAUAGGGCGUAUAUUUGAAUCAGGCAAAUUAAUGGCCACAAGUGGGAUAUUGUCUGACAAGGAAAGCAAUCUUGACUGCAGAGAGCUUAUGAUCUCCACUUGUAAAAUCACUAAGGCUGGUAUUGGAGGACCGCUGAUUGAUUUUGAUGGGGAUUUCGUUGGCAUGAACUUCUAUGGAACAGAAGAAACACAUUAUCUACCACGCUUAAUGAUUCAGAAACUAUUGAAGCAUUUUGAAGGGACUGAUGAUGAUGAGAUAGCUAUAGACGGCAUGCCAAAAAGGUGGCCUGUACCUGCGCCACGUUGGCACCGUCAUCCUCUACGACCGCCGAUGACAAUGAUGAGUAGAAACGAGAGGGUUUGGAGUAGUAGAUUAGAGUGAAAAUUGGAGUAGUAGAUUAGAGUGAAAAUGCUAUCUUGAAGUCAAGCUGCAAAUUUAUUGCUAUAGGUGUAAGUAUGUACAGCCUAGCCGAGCUGAGCUCAGUCCACUAUCUAAAAAUUGUAUUGGCUAGACCA